CAAUUUGCUUUUGAUUAUGAGGCUGGAUUUGUCAAAGUCUGCCUGUCGUUUUGCGUUUACGUUUGUGUAGUAUUCACAACAACAAUUCACUAGUGUAAUGUGAGAAUUCGAGCCUCUAAACAUGUGAAGAAAAAAAUAAUCAGCUAUGCCAUCGACACCACCUUAUAAUUAAUACCCCUUGAGUCAAAAGGAACGGAUUUGCACGUUUUGUUAAUCAAAACAAACAAAAGAAUAGUUUUUUUUUUUAAUUUAAUCAGGAGCAAUGGUAGACGAUAUAAAUAUAUCGGAUUUUAUAUUGGAGAAAUAUACAGAAGCUAAAGUGGCUGAUCAAACACUUGAGGUAGUCUUUGAAAAUGAAACACAGUUUCUAGGAUACGAAAAUGGCCAAGAAAAAUGCAAGGACUUAAUGUUUCCUUUUUCGCGUUCUCCCUUAAAAAUGGUUGCCAUUAAACAUUCCAAAAAUUUAUUGGAAUCUAAAAAUGAUUCCUUACAUGCAAAGGAUAUCACCGAAAUUACUUUGGAUAUAAAAGAUUUAAAGGAAUAUGAAUGGCAACCAGGUGACACAAUUGCAAUUUUACCCAGGAAUGACAAAAACAGUGUUGAUGAAUUCCUACAGCUCCUAGACAUGGAAAGACAAGCAGAUACAACAUGUUCUGUUCAAAUCUCAAAGUUAUGUACGAAAAAAUCCGCAAAAGUUCCUGUUUAUAUACCUAAAUUAACGACACCACGAGAAAUCUUACGUGAUUGUCUUAACAUUAAAAGCAUUUUAAAAAAGACGUUUAUAAGAAGUUUAGCCGAGCAUUGUACAGACGGAGAAGAAAAAACAUUUUUAAAAUGCUUGUCAUCAAAAGAAGGUUCUGCAUUUUAUAAUGAACUAAUAAUGGAAAAAGGAUUUACUGUAAUGGAUUUACUAAAGCACUGUCGUUCAUGUAAACCACCUUUUGCUCUAAUUGUUGAGCAUUUGUCAAGACUUUUGCCCCGGCCAUAUUCUAUUGCAAAUAGUCCCUUAAAAUCAACUUAUGAAAUAUCGAUAAUUUUCUCUACGCUUGAUGUAAAGCCAGGUGUCACGACAAACAUGUUAAAAGAAAAAAUCACUGAAGAGUCCGCUUCCAUAUUAAUGUACUUAAGGGAACCAAACUACUUUCGUUAUACUGAAGAUAAUUAUCAGCAAAAUCAAGUUUUAAUUGCUAUAGGUACGGGACUAGCACCAUUUUUGGGUUUUCUUCAACACAAACAACAUAUGAUGGCGAAUGACAAGAAUGGAAAUCCAGGCAUUACUUGGCUUUUUGUAGGCACAACCAGCGAGCAGGCCGUCGUACAUCGUGACCUUUUGUUACAGUGGCAAUCGAAAAAUAUUCUUAAUAACUUUGUGGAAUCUUAUUCUCGUGUUCCAACUACUCGGUAUCAUUAUGUGCAAGACUCUUUAGAAUGUAAUGCACAACAAUUAGUAGAAUUGCUAAUGAAACCAGAAACUACUAUAUACUUAUGUGCGGAUGGUGGACAAAUUUCUAAAUCUAUAGAAAAGUCAUUACAAAAUAUUUUGGUUAAGGAGUUGGCUAUAACCGCCGAAGAGUCAGUUGAAAUGAUGAACGAUUUUAAGGCUAAACGAAAAUAUAGAGAAGAUAUAUGGUUGUAAACAAAAAAGAUGAAAGGGGAAGUGAAACUUUACAAUUGCAAUUCAACUGUGAUACCACAUGAAAUUCAACUUUAGAAACUUUUUAAUAUGUUUGUAUUUUCGUUGGUAGAAAAAUGUUCUACAAAAUUUAGAAAUAAAUUUGUAUUUUUAGAAAUUUUUGGUAAUUAUUUGAAAUUUUUUAUUUUAUAUAAUUUGAAAGCUAAUUUUAAUUUGG